AUGGAAAAGUGCAGGUGUUGGAAAAAUUUCAGGCUAUCAGUGUGGUCAAAUGGUAUUUUACUGGAAUAUAUUGAAGGCGAUAAGAAGACUGAAACAGCCUUUCAUCCGAUUGGUUCCCUGCACUACUGUGCCGCUGUGCGUUAUGUAAACGUGACCGGGUACGCAAUCGAAGGCGGUGGAGAACGUUUUCUACCGCUCGACUCGCCGUUCGCCAGCAACGAAGACAGCCGUCAUCCACCUAUUUUUGCUGCCAUCUUUAGGCGGACUACCGGAAUUAAGGUUCUUGAAUGUCAUGCAUUUAUUUGCACAAAUUCGAGGGCAGCAAAUGCACUUGUGCGAUGUUGCUUCCAUGCAUACGCUGAAUCGAUGUAUGUGAAGCUGGAUGAACGAUUACCGGCGCUCAAAGCAAUCAAGGAAGCCAGCAGAAGUGGCAGCCCGCCAAGCGAACCACCUCCAAGUGAAACAGCGGAAAUCACUACAGCCGAGGAUGACAGAGAGUUGGAACAACAGCGAUGGGCUGAACGAGCAAUUGGCAAGGAAGCCUGGGAAAGGAGGCAACAAUCCGGUGAAUAUGACUCGGCCAGUAUUUCAUCCUCAAUCGCUAAUCGUUUUCGCAUCAAGAAACUGGACCGUGAACGCGAUCGAACACAAGGUAUAUUUUUACUGCAUCAGAUCUCCCCUUGUAUGAAAUCCCACAAAAAGUGCAUUAUUGAAUUUCGUUCUAUGGGUUUUUGA